UCCCAAGACCGAAAAAACAUAAAACCCCAGAACCAAAAGAGAAGUUAUGAGUUUAUCUCUUCACCCUGCCGUCUUUUUUUUCCCUCCGGAAACCUAACCCGAGGAGACUCUAACUUAGAAGAAGAAGAAGACACGACGAUAUUGAGUAUUGAACAAAUCUAAGAGGAGAUCGAAGAAAAAGAAGAAGAAAAUACCAAAUUCAAGCAAUCAUUGGCGUAAGUUUGUACAUACCAUGUUUCAAAUGUCCAUAAAAAAUAUGUUUCAACAAAAGCAAACAGUGCAUGAAGAACUGAAAAUCAACAAAAAAAAAUGAUUGAUCAAAUAUGUUGCAACUGGGCAAGAAAAGAAAAGGAAGUUGCCAACAUACAGUAAGAAAGAAGACUUGGAGAAGUUUAUAUUAGUGUCCCAAAAUUUCAGAAAAAAUCUGAACAAGCUGCGAAAGAACGGUCACAAGUAAAAGUUCAGUAUAUAGGUGGUAGGAAAGGUGUCCCUACAAGGUGGAUUAAAAUGGAAAAGGAAAGCCCCACUGGUGCGAUAUAUAAGCCAGAUGUGUUUUUAGAAACACACAGUGUCACCCCAGAUGAUAAUCCCUCAUCUUCUAAAUCACUGGCAGCUGAAAAACUAGUAAGUUCUCCUGUUUUUAAGGGAUACAUACGCGGAGUGUGUGCUGGUGUUUUUAAAUCUCAGUUUAUUGCUUCUGAGUUUAUUAAGGCCAAGGUGCAGGAAGAGAAGCACAAUCUGCGGAGAGAGAAGCACAAAAACGAAGCUUUGAAAGCAGAGGUUGAUGCUGAAAGACAGAAAAACAAGACCACAGUACAUUAUCAGAUCUCUAAUAGCUCUUAUCAGCAUGAUAUCGGGUUUCCUUCGUCGUUCGGUCUUUGUUGUUUGAGGAACUUCAGGAAAAAAGCUGUUGCACUUGCAUAUGUUCAUAGUAAGCUACUGAAUUGACCACUAUGACUGCAUGAUUGAGGAAAUCUUUGAUCCAAGUGGGAUGUUGUGCGAUAGAGAUGAAAUAUGCUGUACUUUGGGAUGUUUCAAGGGGUGAGUUCGUUAAGUGUCCCAAGGCCUAUGUGACUUCGGUAGGAGCGUGAUGGCAGUGACAAUAUAUCGGUUAAUUUUUUAAUUCAGUAUGUAACUUGGAGUUGGGAGAUGUCUUCUAAUUUAUGUUCGAAUAUUAUAUUUUUUUUUUAAAAAUAAUUAAUAAAGUCAAUUUGUUUAACGUUUA